GAAAGGGGUAAUUCGUGGGUGUGCCGGAAAAUCGUCUGCAACCGAAUCCAGCCAAGCGCAGCGAGCAAACACACGCAUGAAAAAAAGACCCUCACUCAGCAGCACUCAGCAGGCGAGAAAAGGUGGGAGUGGCAGCAGCACAACAGCACGCCUUUUUGGUUGAGCAGGACACCAUCGACUAUCAUCAUCUUCUGCGCUUGUUGAACCACAGACACACAGACAGACACAAUGAAGGUGGCAACAACAGUACUGCUUCUUGCAGCAACAGCGAUCGCUGCCUCAGCACAGGUCACAAAGGACGACAGCCUGGAGGCGUACGAGGGCCACAGGACCUGCUUCUUCACUGGAGUCCUUCCGGAGAGGCCAAACGCACUCAGUUUCUGCAACAGGUUUAACGGCAACGCCUGCUGUGUUCCUGGCCUCGACAACGACAACCACGAGCUCUUCACAACACUCACAGAUGUCGGUCUGUCUUGCCGCCUGCGUGGUGAUAUCCGCGACCACCCCAUUGCCCGCCUCUACUGCCUCAACUGCGAUCCCCACCAGCCCAACUAUGUGCGCCCCGUCGCCUACACCUCGCCAGAUGGCAACACGGAGCGUGACUCCACCCUCCUCAUCUGCAAGGACUGGGCCGACGAGCAGUUUGGCGAUCUGGGUCGCUUUGACGGGUGCGGCCUCCUCGUCUCCUCGCCAUGCCUCGGCGAGAUGGGCUUGGAGAUUGACAACUACGAUCGGUACGUGUGCGGUGAUGAUAUUGUGAUCCCGUCGCUCCUGAAGAACGACUCCCUCACAGACUCGCAGGACGUCGAGGUCUUCCUCAACUUCAAUUCCCUCGGCACGCCUGAGAUGGACGGCGACUACGGCUUCAAGCUUGUGCGCAACAAGGAGUGCACGGACGCAGAGGCGGCAGAGACGUCGCCCAACUGCCUCAUGACCGCCGCACAGCGCGAGAUGUUCCGCGCUCGCUUCGCUUCAGUGCCGGCCAACCCUGCUGACUGCGACGACGCCGCGUACUACAACGCCCACCCCGACGAGUGUGUUCCUCUUGGUGCGGAGAUGUGCUUCGCUGGUGGUCGAUCCUCUUCUUCCGCCACCACCGCCCUCGCCAGCGCACUCGCUGUUGUUCUUGCAGUCCUCGCUGUGGCUCUUGUGUAAUGGCAUGUGUUUGUGUGUUUGUGUGUGUGUGUGUGUGUGUGUGUGUGUGUGAGUGUGUAUGUGUGUGUGUGUGAUGAUGCCCGUUUGCCUGCUGGGGUGUAUGCGUGGCCGUUAUCAUCGUUGGUGUUGUGAUUGCUUUGUUUUUGGUGCUCGUAGUGCACUUCUUUUUCCUCACGUUCCUUGUGCAAUGGUGCAGAGGCGUGUGACACAUUUUGUUUUGUUUUGUUUGGCUGGUCGGGUGUUUGCCUACACUUUCUUUUUCCCCCUUUGCUGGGCAGCGCAUCAAUGUUGAAGAACGUUGUGACACGAGUCCAGUCGUUGUUGUUUCUUCCUGCGUGCGCAAUUUCAUUUCUGGAUUGAAGUACACGGGAGUGAAGCUAACAAGUGCGUGCGCAGAACGAA